AUGGAAUUACCAGAUAAAAUUGAUCCAGAAGAAUAUGAAGAUAAAGACCUAAUUGAUCAAUCUCUUUAUAUUAUCAAUGAAAAACUAAAUGAUCAACUCAUCCUGCAAAUAAAAAUUCAAGAAGAAUCA